GCACCUGCGUGCGUGCGCAUGUCAUCGUUCUGCGCCUUCGCUUUGUCGUCACGCUCAAGUUGGUUCCUUUUGUCGAGUCAUGCCGCCGAAGUUUGACCCCUCUCAGGAGAUUACCGUCAUCGUGCGCGCCGUCGGUGGUGAGGUGGCCGCGACUGCGUCCCUGGCGCCCAAGGUAGGUCCGCUUGGCCUGAACGCCAAGAAGAUCGGUGAGGACAUCGCCAAGGCCACCAAGGACUGGAAGGGUCUUAAGGUCACCUGCGAGCUGCGCGUCAAGAACCGCGUGGCCACCGUCGUCGUGACGCCCUCCGUUGCUUCCCGCCUCAUCCGCGCCCUCAAGGAGCCGCCGCGUGACCGCAAGAAGGUCAAGAACGUGAAGCACAACGGCAACAUCCCGUUUGCGGAGAUCAUCAAGAUCGCGAAGGAGUCUCAGGCCAAGUCCAUGGGCAGCGACCUCAAGGCGGUCGUGAUGGAGGUGCUCGGCACCGCCGUCUCCAUCGGCUGCACCAUCGACGGCGAGACCCCGACGGACAUCCAGAACAAGGUUCGCGAGGGCAAGCUGAAGGUGCCAAAGUAG